AGUUCCAGUCAGUUAUUCAACAGUCGUCGCUAUAACUUCCAGACAUGAUUCGUGUUUGCUUGUCGACCUUGAUUUUUUUGACGCAGCUUUCGAUCAUCAAGAGUGAAGGAUGUGAUUCCUUCAAAAAUACGAACGUAACUGCGAAAAUCAAUGAAAAAUUCUCGUUUUAUGUGGUGAAUGGCUGCCUCGAACCGAAGGAGUUCGAAAAUAAAAAAAUCAAGUAUGUUGUCGUCAACAGUGGAAUAACGCGACUGGGCAAGGAUUCAAUAAGGAAUCUGCAGAAACUGGAAGGGAUAUAUAUACGGAACAAUAGUCUGGAGAUUCUCGAGCCGCAAGCCUUCAAGAAUGUGCCAAGUCUCAAAUACGUUUUCAUCACACAAACCAACCUCGAGGAGAUACCGAAAGACGUUUUCAACUUAGUUCCCACCAUCACGAACCUGAUGCUAUCCUUCAACAAGAUUGACUUCAUCGCGACUGGAGCCUUUUCCAAUAUGGAGUCGCUCCAUCAGAUCGACUUGUACGGCAAUAAGCUCGAAUACUGGAACAGGGAGUGGUUCCAGAACUGCCCAAAUCUACAGAAUAUCAAUUUCUUCGGCAACAACAUCCAUACUAUCCCAAGAAGAGCGUUUGUAUCGCUGCCGAAGCUCACUGUCAUCACAUUUGGAGGAAACAAGAUCGCCACCAUCGAACCAGGUGCCUUCCAAAACUUGAAAAACCUGAGUUUUUUAAACUUGGAACGCAACAGGCUUACAUUGAUCGAUGAACGAGCGUUCCCCAACAGAAUAUACAUCGAGAGUCUGUAUAUCAAUAACAACCAUCUCAACUACUUGCCGGGCAAGCUGCUGAGGAAGUUAUCUGUCGGAGAAAUCAUCAUGGAUGAGAACCCCUGGAAGUGUCCGUGUCUGCAGCGGAUACACGACUGGCUGUACUUUGGCAGCGGCAGCGUAAAGGCAUCAGUGCACCACUGUAGAACACCUUACGACCCGAUUUGCGUAGUUCCUCCAGAAAAGGCGUGCCAAGAACGUGUCGAAGAAGAGAUGACGCGAAGGUUCGUCGGAGUUUUGAGAAAUUUGACUGAGCCGUUGGGGGAAGCUUGUGUACUUUUGUUCUCUUAGACUGAAGUACAAUGCAGGCGAAGGUACAUCGGACAUAUGAGCUGGACUCUGCCUUUGGAGAAAGCUUGAGUUCUUCGAUUUUCUUGGGAUGAAAUACAAUAAUCAGGCACAUGAGAAAUAUGCCUGAGUUGUAGGGGAUAGCACGAAAUUUGGUCAAAACUCACCUUUUCAUGUCCUGAACACACUGUAAUUGUUAUUUAUUCGAAAUAUUAAUUUUUUCACCUUAUAUUCACCUUAAUAUCGAAAAAACACGUUAAUUUCCAAUCGAAAAUUCUCACGUCAAAAUAUCAGCUUUUUGAAAAAACACGGGGCGUUUUUUGUUCGUUAAAAUUUCUUCUUCCUGAUAAUGUAAGAAAAUAUAUACAUUACUAUGGUAAAUGUUCUCAGAAAAUGCAAAGCAAGAAAAAACUCGAAUCCGAAUUUGUUUUUCAUCACUAUGUACAAUUUUGAGCUAUAUUUUGUCAAAUUUUCACUUUAAUUACUUGAAAAACGUAAGAUUCAAUGUGACAUUGGAAAAAAAAAUUACAAAUCCAUAAAUCAUAAAGAUUGCAAGAAACAUGCGAAAAUAGUUGUUCUAAACAUUGAAAAUAGGAUGGGGAUGUCAAUAAAAAAAUGUGAUUGCUGCAAUUUUUUUUUGGGCAAAAAGUUGCUUUAUCAAAUUAUAAUCACAUGUAUGUCAUGGAAUGUCUUAUAAUAUAUGAAUAGAUAUGUAAAUCGUACUAUUGAAUUUAGAUACUUUAUACUGAUUAUCAUUAUUCAUGAUAAUAUUUUUAAAUGCAUUUAUCUUCUUAUUUAUAAAUCUUAUCUUGAACCCUAAUCACUUAUUCAUUACUCUUUGUAUCUUCGGUGGCAUUUCUUCAUCAUUAGAUUUGACAAACUUUCCCGAUUCUAGUGGAUCUUUGAAAUCUUCAAGACCAUCACCGUCUUCGUAUCCAAUAUUAUUUUUAGUCUGAAUUGGUCCUUCAUAUACAAUUCUAUCUGAAUCACUAACUUCCUUCAAAUCCUAUCUUCAAUAUUCAGAACAAUUAUUUCCGCAUGUUCCUUGAAAUCUUUAUGUGAUUGAAGUGUAAAUUUCACUAAAUAGCUCAAAAUUCUACAUAAUGAUUAAAAAAAAAUUCGGAUUCGAGUUUUUUUCUUCUCUAUGCUUUUCUGAGAACAUUUACUAUAGUGAUGUAUAUAUUUUUACAUUAUCAGAAAGAAGAGAUUUCAACGAACAAAAAAGCCCCGAGGUUAUUUAAAGAGCUGAUAUACUGGCGUGAGAAUUUUCGAUUGAAAAUUAGGGUGUUUUUUCGAUAUUAAAUCGAAAUAAGGUGAAAAAAUGAAUAUUUCAAAUCAAAAAAAUUACAGUAAGUUUUCAUCAAAUUUCGUGAGAAAAAAAUGUUUUUUGCAUAAGAUAC